AGACAGUCGAGAACUUCACAAAGAACUUAUUGAUUCUCGCUAAAUACGUUUCGCUGCGAGUCUUUUCUUCUUCGCGAUGCUCUUGCACGAUGCCAUAUCGUUGUUCCCUGUUGCGUUCGUCUUUUUUGGAUAACUGCGAAUAAUCUUCUGGCGAACGUUUUGUUUUGUUCUCGUAGUGGAAGUUGUACCAUUGUAUCCGUACUCUUGGGUCCACUUGAAGGCAUAUUCAGUAGUAAAGGAUAUUUGGUAUUUGUAAACACUAAAUAAAGUUCAAAAUGACUGGCGGAACUACCACUGAAAAGUCUGCUAAUAAUCCUUUAGAACAGUUUGUGCUGCUUGCAAAAACUGCUAAAGGAGCAGCUGCGAUGGAGCUCAUAAGACAGGCUGUAGAAACACCAGGUGUUAAUGUCUUUGGGGAAUUGUUAGAUAUGCCUAAUAUUAAAGAGCUAGAAAAUGGACCAUACGUGGAAUAUUGGAAUACCUUGAAUUUAUUCGCAUAUGGGACAUAUAAAGAAUAUCUAGGAAGCAAAGACAAGGUUCUGGAUCUAACUCCUACUCAAAAGAAAAAACUUCAACAUUUAACAAUCGUAACACUUGCCACAAAGUCUAGAUGUAUACCGUAUUCUAUACUUCUGGAGGAACUAGAUAUAAAGAAUGUUAGAGAUUUAGAGGAUUUAAUAAUUGAAGCCAUUUAUGCGGACAUAAUACACGGUAAAUUAGAUCAAAAGAAUUCACAGUUAGAGGUAGAUUAUGCUGGCUUAGGACGAGAUGUUAGGCCUGGCGAUACCGGUGUGGUAGCUGAGACUUUAGCUGCCUGGGGUCAAGCUUGCGAUACAGUGUUAGCAUGUAUCGAAGAACAAGUUACGAAAGCUAAUGUUGAAAAACAGAAAGCCACUUACCACAAAGACAGAGUACAGAGAGAUAUUGCUAACAUAAAGAAGUCGCUUGCCGCGCAAGCAGGUGGCGGCGGCGUACAGGAGGCUGAUAUGGCAGGAGGUAGUUCAGGGGCAGGGGGAAGCGAAUCUGGUAGAGAAGCGUUGUCGGUUCCACCGGAUCCAAAGAAGAAGCAACAAAAGGUCAAAAGUAGUAAAGGCAGCGGAUCCACUAAUCCGGUAAAGCACCACGAACUGAACGAUGAGCCAAUGUGAGAAGCUUAGGUGAAGCUUCGUGGCAUAUCACCAACUCGAUCGGAUGAUUCUGUCCCUCUGUCUCUCUAUCUACGGUACUGACGAGCAGCGCAUUGUCUCCUCUGUAAUUUUUGUACUUUUUGAGAAAUAAAACACAUCCUGAAACCA